UAAUUUGAGCUUGAAUUUCAGGUGAAAAUGUAAAUUUUUUUUAACAGGUGUAUAUUGUGAAAUGUCAUAUUAUAAUGAGUCCUGCAAUAUAUGAAAAGUUUUUACAAUGACAGUGCUUCUAUAAGAAGAACAUCUUCGACAUCAUCAUUAGCAUCUACAGGUGCAGAUUCGACAACAUCAUUGGUCUAUAGACAACAGUUCUCUGGAAAAAAGAGGAAGAUGGACUAUGGCAACACAGGGAGAAAUACAUCCACGAGAUCAGAAUCAGGUGACUGAAGCUGAUUUUUCAGAUAUUGUUACUGAUUCUGAGGCGGAGGCUGUGUCCGAUAUAAUCGAGAAAGUAAAUAAAGGCGACACUCUUCUAAUCGAAGGGGAUAUUAAGCCUAUACUUAACCGCAGUGCUAAAAAGUGUACAAGUUGCAAAUGGCAGAAGUCCCAGGAUGGAGUAGCUUACGUCCCAUAUGUUGUUUCCACUGGAUACACGGAUUUUGAGAGAUCAAUGUUUGUUAGGGCUAUGAAGGAAUACGAGGUGAUGACCUGCGUAGACUUUAUCAGCAGAACCACUGAAAAGGACUAUCUCCUUAUAGAAAAUAAGGCGGGCUGCUGGUCAUACGUUGGGAAGGUCGGAGGUAAACAGUCUAUGAGCCUCUCUAAAGCCGGCUGUAUAAAGUAUAAUCUUAUACAACAUGAACUCAUGCAUGCUCUGGGCUUCAACCAUGAGAUGACCAGGAAGGAUCGGGAUAACUACAUUGACGUUAUAUGGGAGAAUAUUGCUCCAGCUGAUCAAGCAAUUUUUACGAUUGAUAAUGGGGAUCUCCAGGACAUGCCUUACGACUACUAUUCCAUCACGCAUUAUCUAAUGUCCGCUUUCAGCAGGAUACCUGGAGAACCUUCCAUGGUCCCCAAAUAUAAUCUCACCAUCCCUAUGGGAAGGGCGAUUGGACUGGAUGAUUUGGAUGUGAUGAAGGUUAAUUCCCUUUAUGACUGCAAUCUGUGUAGAAGAAAGCUUUUUGCACCAGGAUCUACCACAUAUGACUCAACCUCAUUAGGACAAGGGAAGAAACGCUGCCUCUAUCUAAUUCAAUCUACCCUAAAGGUCCGCCUGCAGCUUAGUGACAUCAAUUUCCCAUCAUCUCCUGACUGUAAUAGUGCCUACAUUAAAGUGUAUGAUGGGGUCAGUCCAUCAUCACCAGUCCUGCUGGACAGAAAAUGUGAUCGGAAACCAGUCCCACCUCUAAUUUCAUCUGAAGAUUUCAUCCUAAUUGAGAUUGUGAAUAACCAACUAUUGGCUUCAAGCACUUUUACAGCUUCUUAUGAAAGAGAGAGAUAUGGAAACACCUUUGUUCAGGAUAACGGGGUGGUAACAUCUCCUGGAUUUCCUGGAUUAUAUCCCAGCAAUGUGGACGUUGUCUACAGCAUCAUAGCCCCAACAGGAUAUAAGGUUUCCUUAAGCUUCGGUUUCUUCUGGAUAGAAAACUCAACAUCAUGCUCCAAAGAAUAUUUGACUGUUAUGGAUGGAGUAUUGGAGACAUCCUCAAUCCUGGCUACUUACUGUGGAUUUAUGGACAUAACUCCAUUAGUGUCUACUGGGAAUUCAUUGGUUCUCCAGUUCCACAGUGGGGACAGUGCUGGUUUUAAUGGAUUUUAUGCAACUUAUAAAUUUGUGACUACGAGCUAAAUGAACUUAAUGGAAACAGAGUCCAACAGUUUGAAAAACAAAACUAAGCCCAGAUCCUUCCUUACAGAACAUAUGCAUUUUUAAAUGUUUUAUUGUUAAAUCUAUGUUACUGUAUGUCUAAAGUUUCAGUGUUACAAUUACAGAUGGUGGCUUUGUUUAUUUGGAUCAGUUUGAAGAUUCGGCAAACACAGAUUUUCCCUUAUUUCCUAAUACAGACAAUCUGACCCCCUCAAUUAAGACAAUGGAUGCUAAAUUUGGAUCCAUGAUUCAACCUCUGUUGCCUUAAAGGGCAACUGUGGUACUUCCAUAGGAUAGAUGAUAAGUGUAUGAUCGCAGGGGGUCCAACCACUGGGAACCCACUAUCCUGAAAUCUCCUGCCCGGCGCUCGCUCCAUGGAGCGACCACCUCACGUUAACAAAUCUAUAGAACAUAUGGGCAUCGGGCAGGACACACUAAUUACCUAUAUUGUGGAUAGGGAAUAAUUAGUUAAAGGGGUACUCCGCUGCUCAGCGCUGGGAACAAAAUGUUCCCAACACUGGAGGCAGGGCGUGAUGUUGUGAGGGGGUAAGGCCGUGGCUCUAAGCGUUAGGAACAUUGUGUUCCCAACGCUGAGCAGCGGAGUACCCUUUUAAGUACUGGAGUUCCCCAUUAAAACAAAUCUGUCAACAGGUUUUAGGGAUAAAGUAAGGUCAUGGUUGCACAGGGCUUUUGACCCUAAAUUCAUAUAUCCCUUUUAUAAAUUAAAUGACCCCUCCAGCGCCAAAAAAAUGCAAAUUAAGCUUUUCACUCCCCUAUAUGCACUGGUCCCCUCCUCUACCCCAUAAAUCUCAGGGAAGUGACUAACUAGUGAAGGGGUUGAACUGUGCUGGGCUCUAACAGCGGAGGGAACUGCCCAAUGGGCUCCAAAGCCUAAGUUGCACAUCUUUUAAAACUCUGACAUCUCUGGACAGGUCAAAGCACCUAUUAGGCUGGGUUCACAUCACAUUUUAGGCAAUACGGGACCACAUAUGGCUGGGGGAGCUAAA